AAUAAUGUGAAUGCUACUGCAAAGCCUAGACUCUCACUAUUCGAGCGAGUCUUCUGGACCUGCCGAGGGACAUGGAAAAGAGCAGGCAUCAACACAUUGCGAUGUCUCAUCGGCUGCACGAUCGGUGACUUUUCUGCCUUGUGGGCACUACAAACAUAUGCACCAGAUCUCGGUAUGGGUACUAUUAUGGCUUUAUCGAUGACAUCCGGCCUCAGCACAUCCAUAGCCCUAGAAACUGCUCUCCUACGGCUAGGCAAGGACAAUCUCUUUCUAACCACAGCAUUCAAAACAGCAAUGGGCAUGAGUUUCAUCUCCAUGCUAGCCAUGGAAGCAGCAGAAAAUGCUGUAGACUUUCAUCUCACAGGUGGAGUUGUCGCAUUACAGGAUCCACGGUUUUGGGCUGCUGCUGUGGUGAGUGUGGCGGCUGGUUAUCUUGCGCCGCUGCCGUGGAAUUACUAUAGAUUGAAGAGAUAUGGGAAAGCGUGUCAU